AUGGAGAAGGCGGAGGCGGACAAGGCGGAGGCCGCCGCGUUGAAGAAGCUAGCGGUGGCUGAGGCCGAUGCCGCGGCGAAGAAGCUGGCUGAAGAGGCCGCGCGCCGUCAGGCGCCGCUAUUCGUCAUUCCCUUGAACUCCGCGCCGCCACCAACAGAGUUCACGACGCCGACUGGGGGAGCCGGCGACGAAGAGCCGGUCAUGGAGAGGGAAGGCAGCGAUGUCGUCAUGCCGGAGGUGGUCAUGCCUCCGCCACCACCGUCUGGAGGAGCGCAGGACAAACAGACGGCUGCCCCGCCGGCGCCUCCGGCCGGAAAUGAGAUGGUGACGGGCCCGACUCCUGAGGCCCGCACACCAUCGCGCCGCCGAGGCGCGAAGGCGGCCUCAGCGCCACGACCGCUGGAAGCCGGCGCUGCAAGAUCGUCCGUCCCGGAUGCCGAACCGACCAGCGUCGCGCCCACUGAAUGGGUGCGUGGAGGUGGGACGGGCGCUCUGAACCAAGCGAUCCUAGACGUCCAGGCCAGACUCCGAGCUAAGGCCGACACUCUUAAGCAGUGGAACAAGGUGUUCUUGGACUCGCGAGCGGCCAUUCGGGACUAUCAUAACGUCCGCGCGAUCACCUUCAACUCCAACAUUCGGGAUCUGGACCGUCGGACCGCCGACUUGUUGGAAAGCCGGAACGCCAACGCUGCUUUGCAGCAGCAGCUGGGUGAGGCCAACACCGUGUUGCGCGCCAAGGAGGCGGAGGUUCUCCCGAAGGCCGAGGAGGAGGAGGAGGUGAAAGAGUCUAGUCUCCUCACUGAGUUUGAGACGGAAUGCUCCACCUGGACCGAUAAGGAGGCGCUGCUGACUGCCGGCUUUGGCAGGAUUGAAGACAUGUUGAUGACUUCUUUCCUGGCCACUCUGGCACUGCCAACCAGGCUAUUGAGGCUUGUCGCGAAGAACGAAGGGCGAAAGGAGGAGCUGGUGGCGGUGGAGCGCGACCUUGUCAGACGGGCAGCAGCGAGCACCGAAUACACCAACACCAGCAUCUUCAUUCCUGAGCUGGCUGAGAAUGGUGCCGAGGCGCCACCGGAGUGGUUCGGGCUGAACCCGGAGGAUGACGAAGACUCGGCCGAGAUGAUCGACUCCAGCGACGAGGGAGAAGGCGAGGAGGACGAGGAAGGCGAAGAGGAUAUGCCAGAGGUUGUAGCGGACAGCCAGCCUCAGCUUGACCGUGCCUCGAACAACGAGCCGUGCUCGAGUGCGCCGACUGCUGCUGGAGGCGACCAAGCGGAGACUGACCUGCCGUCCAGUCCGCCAACCGGCACUACCGAUUCCGCCAACCAGCCAGACCCCUCUGCCGCUCCCUAG